AACCUUGAGGUUGAAGUAUUAGUACUAGCUAUACGUGUUUGUACUUCAGUAAUGUGAAAGGUUGCUUGAACUGGAUAUAUAAUUAUCUUUAUAAUUUUUAUUGAUAUUUAACUUUGAAUGAUUAUGUUAACAUUCCUUCAUAGAACCAUGUGUAAGAGUAGAGUUGAUGGAGCAAAUUCCUUAUGUGGCAUUGUUCUGCUAUGAAAACUACUCAUUGAUGGAAGCAGUACCUCAGUACAUUUUGUAUAUUAUACUGCGUUACCUCAUGGACUCAAAUAACCAGGUCAGGAAGACAAGCCAACAUGUGCUUCUAGAACUGCUCAAGCAUGAACUUGUAGAAAGGACUGAUGUGGAAGAUCAGAUUUGUCCAGUUUUGAUGCAGCUUACAGCAGGUGACAGCAGUGAUGAUUAUCGAUCAGAAGCUGUCACGCUGAUGAGUAAAAUGGCAUCUUUGGUAGGACCAGGUAUCACUGAGAAAUUCUUUGUACCGAGGUUUGAAGUUCUUUGCUCAGACACUCUGUUUCAUGUUAGAAAGGUUUGUGCUUCGACAUUUGGAGACAUCUGCAAUGUUAUUGGACCAGAGCUCAUCACAGAAAGACUGUUGCCCGUGUUUUUUCGGCUUUGUCAAGAUGGUGUCUGGGGUGUGAGAAAGUCAUGUGCCGAGUCAUUCAUGAGUAUAUCAUCAACAUGUCCAGAAGAUGUCAGAACCAAUGAUCUUGCUGAUGUAUUUGUCAAUUUACUGUGUGAUAAGUCACGUUGGGUACAAAUGGCUGCUUACCAAAACCUUGGACCUUUCAUAUCAACGUUUGCAGACCCUAGAACAAGUGGAUUUUAUAUUGAUGAAAAAGGAGUCUUGUGCACUGUUCCCAAAAAUGAACUACGUGACUCUCCCACUCGUACAGAAGCACAGCCAACAGAAAAUGCAUCUACAGUUGAAAGUGUUGGCGAGAAAGAUAAAGACUCUGUGUUAAGAGAGCGAGGUUCAUCGCCAGAAGCGAAUACCACAGAUUCAGGGUACAUCUCACCUCCCGAGUUAAAUGCAGACCAUGAUAUUUCUAAAGAACCCAUCGAAGUUACAAGCGGUGGAGAUACRAAAAKCGGUCAUCACUGCGCAGAAGCUGAGCUUAGCUGUACAAGGGAAAUGGGAAAAUGCACACACUGCCCAACGACAGACCUUGAUGAUGACGUUGAUGAAAAAUAUUUUAACUCUUUUUUAUUUUGGAGAAAUCCCCUACCACAGAUCGAUAUAAGUGAAUUUAACAGCACCGAAAAAGCAUUUAUCAGUCUAACUAGUGAUGUAGAAGAAAAAUCAAGUGUAAAAACAGCAGAUAGCGAAAACAAACAAGUUUUUAAUAUAUUGAAAAAUGAGGUCAAUAAGGAUGAGAGUGAYAGUGAAGAAGAAGUAGAGCAUCCAUUGUUUUCACUGACUGAUGAUGKUCAUGAUGAGUUUGAUUAUGAUCGCGAUUACAACAAAGGMAAAYUUCAACACUCGAUGUCCUUUGAAGAUGACCUGCUCCUGGGAGACCGCAUGACGCCUCCACCUCAACAGAAUGUGAUUCCUCAAGCUCUUUUGGACCACUACAUCUCAAUGACAGAGCCAUCGAAGGCACAAACAAUUGAUACUGAGAUAGCACGACAUUGUGCUUUUAGYUUUCCUGCAGUUACUCUUACACUAGGUAGACAUAACUGGCCAUGUUUACGAGAUACUUAUGAAUACUUGUCUUCAGAUAUGCAGUGGAAGGUAAGGAGGACACUAGCAUUCUCUAUCCAUGAAUUAGCUAAAGUACUUGGUGAAGAAAUGACAAGAAUGGAGCUUGUUCCGACUUUUAACAGCUUUCUUAAAGAUUUAGAUGAGGUUAGAAUAGGAGUUCUCAAGCACUUAGCAGAUUUUAUAGAGCUUUUACCAGUAGAUAUCCAAAUGGACUAUUUACCAGUACUUGUGGAUUUCCUCACUACUGAUAACAAUAGAAACUGGAGGUUUCGACAUGAAUUAGCCGAGCAACUGAUGCGAAUAUCAGAGUUGUACAAUGCACAGUGUAUUCAACAGUACAUAUGCCCAAUAGCAAUCACCUUGGCAACGGACAGGGUAGCUGAUGUCAGAAAUAUAGCGUUUAAACUGAUUGGUGUACUUCUUCGUCGUCUUCAUGAUACAGAGGACGACAGUCCUGUUCGUAAAUUUGUGUCCGACAUUAUUGUCAAGUUUGCGAAUAGCCAACAAUGGACUCGAAGACAAGCUUAUGCCCAGCUGUGCCACACCCURAUGGAGGAUGACGCAGAGAGCGGAGUGCAGUUCUGUAAGGAGUUUCUACCAAGUUUGUUGUCGCUGUUGUCAGAUAGAAUACCCAACGUUAGACUUAGCGUAGCAAAAACACUUCAAAAGAAUGUACUUAAUUGUGAAUACGUCUGUUCCUCUGAAUGCAAAGAGAAAUCCAUUAUUGAAGCUGCGUUGCAUAAAUUACAAUCAGACAGUGAUCGGGAUGUCCGACACUUCGCAGGGGCUCCAGAAGAAAAUUACGGYAACCAUAGYAACAAAAAAUUCAUGGCAUACGAGACUUUGGAUGAAACUGCAGAAAUAGUUGAAUCGGUAUAUUACGAUCAGUCUGAUCAAAAACAGAAAUAUGAUGAAACUCAAGAAAGUGUAAACUCUAAGCAAGAAUUUCAAGAACACUUUGUAGAUGACGUGAUGUCAUCUGAUACCUCUGUGACGACAUAUGAUACCGAUAUGACAUCAUCUGAUGACGUUACAUCACGUGAUAACAAUACGAUAUUGUCUGAUGUAAAUAUCACAAGCUCUAAAGACGAUGAACUUGAUGAUAAUAACAUUACCAAUGACUCUUUACCAGAAGAACCUCGUGCGACAUUAGAAUCUGAAGAAGACGUCAAUAAUGAGACGACAAUAAAUCAGACGUUUGAAACUGACGACUAGAGCAAAUAUGGAUCAAUACACAAGUCAGCUGGCCUGAUAUCCGUGCUAGCCAUUGUUGCUGUAGGUACCAGAUUUAAUUAACCAAGGGYCCGCCUUCGAGGCAAGAAGUCAUAUUCGUGUAUAUAUAUGGCUUAUACUCGAGAUCCUAGUUACACAGCAUUAAUCUCGUAUAUCAUUAUUYGCUGAGAUCCCUAGUGUAAUAUAACAGAGAAAAGAACACGAGCUUGUUCCAUAUAAUCGUACCAGUCUCCUAAAAACGCGUUUGCAUUCUAGUUUCCUCAAGACAAUAACGAUGUAAAAACCGCAUGUCGGAGCGAUUGGGACGAACACAGGGAAUACAAUUAUUAACUGGACUAGAGUGAACGCAUUUCAUCCGUGAAACUACAAAAUCAAAACAGAAAUAAUUCUACAACUGAAGCAGUAUAUCGGAGCCAAAUAYUAAAUUGCAUAAAGUAAAACAAGGAUGUUUCACGGAAUUAGGUGCGCUCAUUCUACUGCCGACGUGCGAAGUAAUGUAAAGUAUUUUAUCGUAURAUUGAGGAGGGUUUCACAGGAACAAAAAGACAUUGGUAAUAAAUUGUCCCUGGAUUCCUCGAAAAAAGAUUUCAACAAUUGCCUUUCAAUUCCAUUCACGACAAUGCCAUUGAAUACUACAAAACGAGGUGAUCCCUUCCUAGAGUGAACUCAUGAAACCCUUGAAACAAUAAAUCUUGACUAUAAAGUGUGGUAGUCAGAUAGAAAAACAAUACAAUUAAGGAAUACUGAGUUGUAUUAGUAUGAUAUCUAUUUCACGGGUUUUUGGACUUCACUCUAACAUUUAGGUAAGUAGAAGUAUGGUUUAAGACAGGUAUUUGCACUGGAAAAAAAUCGCGCACUUUAAAGGUUAUAAAUUUGAUGUAAAUAUGAUGUAAGUUUCCAAAAUGAUAUAAAUUUCAACUUAACGAUUURCAUCAAAUUUACAUCAUUUUAGACUUUUACAUCAUAUUUACAUCAAAUUUAYAACCUUUAAAGUGCGCGAUUUUUUUUUUCAAUUGUGUGCAGAAAGGCUGUAAUUCGAAUUCUAAUCAACCGACUUUUUAUACCUAAAACAAACUAGUUCUAUAGUUAUGCCAGUGUCGUUGUUUCCUAUGUGUCUUAGAGUUAAAAAACCCGUUAUUACACUUAUACACAUUAGUACGGUCGAUUUUUGUUGUUGUUUGUAUUUGACUUUCACACUUUUAUAGUCAAGUUUUAUUUCAAUGGUUUAAUGACUUCACUCUAUCGACACUAUUUAUAAGAAUUUAGUACUAGUGCCGACACUUAAUCCGUGAAACAUAACAAGUGCCAAAAUAGCAAUUAAUUAUUUUYAUUCCUUUGUUUCCUAUUUUCUUAUCAACACUAUUUAGCACUGAUUAGUAAUUGUUUCACGGAUUAAGUAUGUUCAUUCUGUUUACAUGGUUUAAAAUGUAAUUAUUAAUAGUAUUAAUGUAUAUUAACGUUGAAUUGUCUGGGGAAUAUGAGAUAUAAAACCUCACAAAUCACGAUGGGAACCAAUUCAAUGRUACAAUAAGAGGGACAAAGCAAGCAAUUAUUAUACAUCGUAUCACGAAAUUUUGCAAUUUCAUUUUAUCUAAUAGAAUAUUUGUCACCGAUCGGUGGCAUAAUUUUUUCAUUCUGAUMUAAAAUAGUACCAUGACUCGAAUACUAUCCUUCGCGUAAAAACUGUGUGAAAUCCUAGUAAGCUCCAAUGACAAGCCGUAGAAGAUUUUCAAAUCUGCUUGAGUCCAUGACCGCAAACAAAGCUACUGGUUUUCAUUAGAGCUUAUUAGGGCAUUACAAACCUUAUAUUGUUUACAAGGAUUACUUCAUGGUUAGUGAGUUAUGCACAAAUUGAUAAACGCCGGGMGAGUUACGAGCGUGUCUCAUCACGACCAGUGCAGAAAUAUUGUACAAGCAAACUAACCAUGAAGUAAUUUGUUUAUCAUAUUACUACUGAGAUAUAAUAAAGGUGUGUUUUAACAACAUGAAGGCCAAAGAUAAUUCAUGUAAUUCGCACUGAAGAUUUUAUUUAGUGUAAAUGACGCUGUAGCUACAUGCAAUAACUUGCCUUAAGCUUGUAUAAUUUUUUAGACAUGACUUUUAAAAAAUACUAUAAUUUUCAUUUUACUUCUUUUUAAUAAAAGCGUAAUACAAGCUUAA